GAGGGCGGUGUUGGAAUGUGGCCUGUCAUUGGUGCGAUUCGCUCGUCACUCAGGUCGACGCACCCAAUCAGCUACUGCGCUGUUACGGAAGGCGUGUCCCGAAUCGAGGAAGGCGAAGGCGGGCGGGUGAAAGUACGCGGGGUUUGUCGAGGCGGGAAGGAGCGGGCGGGCGGGCAGUCACCUCUGCCAAGGAGUGCCAUGGCUGUCGACUGGAUCGGGUUUGGUUACGCCGCCGUGGUGGCCAUUGGAGGCUUUCUGGGAUACAAACGGAAAGGCAGCGUCGUGUCGCUCAUCGCCGGGAUUCUCUUCGGCGCCUUGUCGGCUGGCGGAGCGUACCGGAUGUCCAGGGAUGCCAGCGACGUGAAGAUCUCCUUGGUUGCAGCCUCCACCCUUGCCCUUGUGAUGGGAGUGCGGUACAGCAGGUCCAGGAAGAUGAUGCCAGCCGGCCUUCUGUGCGGACUGAGUGCCCUCAUGGUCUUGAGAAUCCUGUUUCUGAUGCUCUAAUGGAUGAGACCCUCGUCAUCGGCCACGAGGCCCGGUGGGCGACGCCAACACUUCUCACAUUCCUCACAAAGACUCUGCCAAUGAAAAUGAUUGUACCAGAGCAGAAUAAAAAUGAGACCCCCAAA